AUGAUUGCGCAGUGCCAGCGGCUGGUCGUGCUCCUAGGCACCUGGCGUGACCCUGUGCCAUUUAAACGCGCUUGGUGUUUAUAUGAGAUCCUUUGCGCCCUCGACGGUGAGCUGGAGGUGGAUAUGCAUCUGCCCCCCAAGCAAGUGGAGCUGUUCCUUGCCGCCUUCUCCGAAGAGGCAGAUGUCAUCGAGACCUUUCUUCGGAUGCCUCAGUCUGCUACAUCUCAGGCCACAGAGUCUCUGGACCAGGAUCACAUACUUAGGUGUAUAGAGGAGCGGGGCGGGUUUGAUCAGCUUGACAGUCGGAUCCGCGAGCGCAUGCAGCCAUGGUGCCUCAAGCAGGCACGAUCGGCCAUUCAGCGUUUGGAGGCUGCGGGGCCCAGUCGAUCCCUGGCUCGGCUUCGUGGCCUCGUCUCCCACGUGUUGACGCGAUUUGACGUGCUAGACGAAGCCAUGAAACAGUACAAGAAGAGUCUCCAGCUGUACAUUAACCUUCUGGGAGACGAUGAACCAGAGAAAGCCCAAUGUUAUUGCUACCUGGCUCAAAUAUGUAUCCACGAGAAAAUGUUUGCCACAGGUUUAGCCUUGUAUGAAAAGGGCCUGGCCCUUCUUGAAGGUCAGGCAAACAUUGAGGCUUCUUACGAUAUUGCCGUCGCGCAGGCUGGCAUGGGAAGCGCGUGCUUACAGCUGGGGGACGCAAGCCGGGCUGUCAAUCUGUUGCAAACAGCCAUCAAUGGCUUAUCCCCGAGUCCCCCAAGUGCCGAGUUUGUUGUGGCGCAGCACUGCCUGGGGCGCGCAUUAGCCGAACAGGGCGAGCCAGUGAGGGCCAGCAAAGUCUUGCGUGAAGCAAUGGAAACUGCAGACCUGGUAGACAUGCCAGAGUCAGAGCGUUCGAGUCUGCGUGCGGCCUUGCACUUCCACCUAGCGCAAGCUUUGCAUCAGCAGAGCCUGCCCACGCAGGCGCUGGAUCAUGUCGAGGCCUGUUUGGCGAUCGAGCUUUGCAAUUUGGGAGAACAGCAUGUGGACCUUGCCCCCACUUAUCACCUGCGUGCUCUUGUGCAACAAGCACUUGGUGAGCUAGAUUCGGCCCUAGCAUCCUUCACGCAAGAAGCUGCCAUCUGGGAGGCUUCUGACUGCCUUGACCAUGUGGCAUUAAGCCAGGCCUACGGCGCCAUUGGCGAAGUGUUGAAGGAACAAGGCCAAGGAGAGCGAGCACUUGUGCAAUUUCAAAAGGCAUUAGACACAGCCAUGACAGCCGCCAACCCAGACCGCUUGAACCUGGCCCAACUCCACGACAAGUUAGCGAGCGCCUAUCUACACGAGGGCCAGCUUGAUCAGGCGGCCGAGCAUGCUCGGACCUGUCUGACGGAGCAACAAGCAUUGCUCGACGAAAACGAUGCAAGCCUGGCUACCAGUUACUUCCAGUUGGCGUCUAUUUAUCGGCGUCAAGGCAAAUUGGCAGAGGCGCUCGAGCUAUAUGAGCGUGAUUUAGAAAUUUCGCUCAAAGUGCACGGCAAUGAGCAUGGCGAUACCGCACUCACCUAUUUUCAAAUGGCCAUGGUCCUCCACCGUCUCAAGAAAGAUCACAGAGCCAUCGAACACCUGCACCACUGUCUCAAUUGCUGCAUACCCGCCUUGGGGAAGUUUCAUGAGCGCACCGCUGACGCCUAUGCCUGGCUAGGCAUCUUGUACAAUAUCAAGGGCAAUUUGCGCUCGGCGGCACACAACCUGAAGGAAUGUGUGGCAAUUCGAUUGCAGGUUCUUGGCAGCGAGCAUCCAGAUACCUUACUGGCCCAGGAAAAUCUCAAGCGCGUUCAACAAUUCAGCAAGGCCUCGUGA